AUGAAAAUAAUUUUCUAUUUGCAAAAAACAACGAAAACCAAACAACAGCUUGAAUUUCAUAUUUCUGCAUGUGAAGCUGCGGUAAAUGCCCUUGCUUCUAAAUUUGAAGAAUUACAUUCCAUUGAAAUUUCAAUUCUCGAAUGUAAUAGAAGAUCUGAAUGUUUAGAUUAUAUUUUAAAAAACAUUGAUGAUAACCCAAAUCAAAGUCUUAGACUUUUUUCGUUACUGUCAAUAACAAGUGACGGUGUAACUAACAAUGAAAUAUUGCCGUUACAAAAAGCUCAUUUACAUUUAAAUGGGUAUCAACAUAUACCUCUUUUUUAUAAAAUGGAAACUGCAGGACUUUUGAACAUUAAAACUGAAAAUGUUCUGAAAAAAUUACCAAACUGGACAAGCAAAUGGACAGCUAAUGCGAAACGUCUUAAAUUACUUCCUAGUCCAUCAAAACCCAUUGAUUUGAAAGGACCGACGUGUCCAAGUUACGUUUUCAGUGGAUCUUAUAUACCAUUAAUAGCUCAAAUUUUAAGUACCGUCAAUUCACAAAUAACCGAUCAUAAAAGCUUUGAAGAACUAAGUAACCUGGCAGGAUCUUUUUCUACUGGAAUCCAAGGACCAAUUCAUCCGCCAACUGUAGUAAUUUGUGUAGUUGGUGGAAUAACUGUCAGUGAAAUAUCUGCUUGUAGGCUUAUAGAAAAAGCAGCUGGAAUCAAGUUGGUAUUGACUUCAGACUGUAUUCUAACAGGAAGUAAAAUCAUCGAAAGCUUGCAAAAUGUAUGA